UUAUUUAGCAAGGUAGAAGUUGGAAUCAAGGCAGCUAAUUGUGCCAGUGCAAGUAUUAAGAUAAGCGAAGAUCUUGGAUUCCUAGACUUGGGGAGAAUCGAUCAAGAUUACAUAAAAGACCCGGACUUACGUGAAAUAUUGGCCGACACAAAACUGGACAUUAAUAAAGCAGAAGUCUUUGAAGACAAAAAGCUGCGUUUGAUAACCUCAGUAAUUUACAGCGAGCGAUUUGAGAUUAAAGGCAAAAUAGAGAGCAAGGUAAAUUCACACUUUGAUAACUAUUCUAAAUGAUAUCAUGUAGAGAAGCAAAGGGAACAUAAAUUUGGUACUGAUUCCGUCGUCUUCUCGUCAAAUUAUGAGUAGGCCAUGACUCGAAGGUUCUUAAUUCAAAAGAAGAAAAAUUAAACGUCUUCCUGGUUUUUAUGGUCAGCACACCUUUUUAAACCCUUAGUUUGGUAUAAAUUCACGUUUUCUCUUUGAUGAGACCGGCAGGUAAUACAAAAAGUGUAACACAGACCUACUUCAGUGGUGUAUCCAGACCUUCAGAUAAGGAGGAGGAGGGGGGCGGUCUCGAAAAGUUUUUUUUUCGGCCCUUCGGGUCUCAGUUUGGUCUAAAAAUAAGGUGAGGCGGGUCCCCAGGGCCCCUCCCUGAAUCCACCACUGGACGUUCAGAAACAUUGCAGUUAUUGUAAUUUGUCGAUUUUUUUUAUUGAAGUAAAAAAGUAAAAGUAAAUAUUCAGUUUUACUCGUCAUUUUGUUAUUAUUAUUAUUAUUAUCAUUAUUUUUUUUUUUUUUGCCCUUAUUUGUCUGGGUCUUAUCAUCUUGAGCUCGAUUCAACUCAUCUGUCAGUAGUAUGUCAUGACGAGAGGAAUUGGAAGACAGGUGCAAUAACUUGUCUUUGCCGUGCAUUUGAGUUUGAAAUAGAAAUUUAGCGAAAUGAGCUGAGCCUGUAUUAAAAUGUUUCAAGACCGACGGUGCCCGCCAUUUCGUUACCUUAGAUCAUGAUCAUCCGGUUGCACUAAAACUUUUCCCCUUCCCCUUUUGGCGGCAUUUUGCUGUGUACCAACAUUUUGAAUUUGUAUCGUAAGGAGUCAUAGCAGAACACCCUGCAGUGAAGUGCCAAGAGUAUUUUUAAAAAAAAAUACUCAUCCAAAAUUGCGGCCAAAAUUGAUUUUUUUAAACCCUUAAAUAUCGCUUCUGUUGGUUGUUGUGUACGUUGUUGGGUAUAUCGCUUUUGUUGAUUUUGUUGGUUGUUUUCCGUUUAUUGGUGACUUUAUUCGUUCUUAUUUGUAUUUUAAAAUUUCGAAGAUGGAAGUGGACGGCGAAGUUAAUGUUCCCGUGCACCCUUUGGCACAGUUAAAGGCAAAAAUUGGGAAGUGCAAAAUUCCCCCAAAGAUUGCUAGAAGGAACACUCGUGGACCAUUCCUGUUCAAGUGUUGCCGUGUUAUUUAUAACAAGGAAAAAAACCGUUUGGAGCUUCCCAGAGGAGAGCUAGUUGGCAAAACGAUUUUCAGAGGUGAUGAGGACGACGAGGACGAUGAGGAAUAUAAAAACUCUGCGGUAAGCCUGGAGGACGGGGAGGAAACCAAUUUGACAGGUAAAUCGAUAAUUAAUGAAUAUGUUUUUAAGAGCACUCCGGACUUUUAGUUAUCUUUUUUAAACUCGCAUGGAUACAUUUACCACAAGCAAUUAACUGUUUAGCAGAAAAUGCAAAUCAUGUCGUGGUACGAAUAUGUCCACGUCGUAUCGAUGAUUAAUUGAUAAAAAAAGGCUUGCCAGAUUACAGGGUAUCAUCUUCUAACACACGCUCGCAUCAACUUUACAAUCCUACUUCUUGACUAUGAGGACUUUGUCUGGAAGAACAAUAUUUAGGUCCCUUUAUUAUGCCGUGACAACUCCAUGUUUUAAAAACUAGGGCCACUGAUCCACUGAUCCACCAAAGUUCAAUUGGUUCAUCUGGUGUUGAUUCCCUUAUCUGUAUCAAGAGUCGGUACCUUUUGUAAAGAAAGCCUGGAAAAACAGUACAUCUACUGAAAACAAAACUUAGACUUUGAAAUCUACUUUGAAAACGAACUAUGGUAGGACAGUUUGGCCUUUUCCAUUCGAAUCUCUAUAAACCAUAUCGACUUUGCAGACUUUAAACCUUGAACACUAGACUUCCCAGAGCUGCAUAUAACGCCGUAAGAUUUCUUAACCGGACGUACACAGUUUAAAUUCAUACCCCCAAAGCUGUACAAGGUGGGGUUGAUGGAACCCCUCCCCAGAGUUUUUGAUGUUGCAGUAUUUCAAAACGAUUUUGCCUUUAGUGGAAAGCCUUUGAUCUUCUCAACAAGAUGAAGUAUGAUUUGUGGAUGGUGGCGCUGCUGGAGGCCUGUGACAUCACCAACAAUGGUCGCCAUCUUGUCCCCCAUCUUGGAUUUUUUCAACAAUUAGUUAAAUGCGAUAAAUGGUAACCUUUUGUGCUUGACAUGUAAAAUAACACACAAAUAAGCACUUUGUAUCAUUUCAUGUACAAGUUUUACUUUUAUUAUUGAAAAACGUUGAACAUGCAUUUGAACUCAAAAAUGGCUUGACCGCCCGCUACUUAUAAAGUCAUUUCUCGUAAUCAUAGUAACUGACCAUCACUAAACGUAUCUCAAAAUGCACACGAGGGAUAAAUGAACAGAUACUGAAAACGUCAGGUCCUGAUGCUUUAUCGUCUAGGAAAAAAAUCAAAAAAAUCAUUAGGGAAAAGCACGCUGAGGACGAGGUUGGGGGCGAAGGGGGGGGGGGGGAGUGGCAACCAAAGGUAAAGAGUGUCAUCAUCAGCAUUUUGACAAUCGAAGACAGUUCCAAGCCAUACAUUUUUUGCGUGAGGUCAGAGAUAAUAUUAAAAGAAUUUCACACUCCCGUUUAGUUUUUGCAACAAGUGUUGAUGGUCUUGCAUACUGAUUCAUGAAUUACUACUGACUGAGAGCCUUUUCUAUACUUUUUCAUUUUAUGGGCCGUUUCUUGUUAGGUAGCAUCAGGUUGUUAUCAUGCAACGAUCUGAGUUAACUUAUUGUUAUGAUUGAGUGUGAUUAAUACUAACAAAGUAUAGCGCAAGAACAAUGGAAGUUGAUUUCCAAAAACCUAAAAAGUUGAAUUACGGGACACUAAAUUAUAAACCCAAUCAGGUAACUAGCAGGAUCGUUUAGUAUGCCAGUAUGACACCGUAUCGUAAUUGUCAAAUCCUCAGAGGUGGACACACUUUGGCGGGCAAGAAUUAAUACUUAAGAACUAUAGAGAGGAGAAGUCCUUACGUCACAUUGCCAUGGUAGCAAAAUUUUUGAAUGACAACAAACCGAAAAUUCUCUUAAAAGAGAAUUCGCCCUAUUUUAAACUUCAUCGAUCUUAUUCAAUUUCAUUUAAUUUGUCAAAUGUUGGCGGCAUUUCUGGGGUUGAAUCCAAAAGAAUCGUACCUUAGUUUAGAAAAAGAAAGAGAAAACUUUUGUCCUGUGUUCAUCUACUCCAUAAAGCGGGCGAGUGAAAUUAGGACUUUUCUUGUCAUAGUCGUGCAAGGAUGACUAAGAAAUGUGCAAAAAAGCGUGAUGCACGCGCAAAGUUAUUGUUUUGCUUAUUACACCACUCCUAUUGUUUUUUACCUGUCGUGUUGCCCUCGUAUUUGUUGUUGCUUAAGCUCCCAAUCAUUGUGGUCCAGAAAUUGUGCUACCAUGGUAACGUGAAGUAACGACUUCUCCUCUCUAUUCUCUAUAUACCUUAGAUUCUUUCACGACUGAGGAUAGUGCGAAGCUGGAGGAUAUAAAGAAGUCAGUGUUAAUGCCUUCCAAGAACAGAGAGGAACGUAAAGAACGGGUCAAGAAGUACCUGCAGUGGGUAAGAAUGGUUAAAGCAAAUAAUAUGUAGCACCAAGAGCUUAUUACCUGGAGAGUAAAACUCCCAUGAAAUAACUCUUCGCAAUGGCUUUAUCACAGAUCACGUUAUCUUUAGCAGUAUUUUGAAGUACUUUUCCUGCGGAAAAAAAAUGGGAAAUGGAAGCAUCGCUUUGUAAGUGCAUGUAUAUAUAUAAAUUUAGUAUAUACGCAGUCAGUGAUCUUGGUAAUUUAAGCAAUCUGAUUGGUUCGCUAUCUCGGACUAUUCAACAGCAUUCACCUCCUAGCGAGUGAAUAAUGUGUGAGGUCGGUGUUUUUCCCAAUUUUUUGGAGAACGACCUUUAAAAAGUGGACAAAAUCCUAGGGUUGACUUUUUUUAAGGCAAGAAAAGACUUCGAAGGAGUCAAAACGGCCAUUUUCCAUUUACUGUAGCUGAGUUUUGCACUCGAUGGAUUGUUUACAACUCCCAUUUAUUCGCGAAGAAAAGGCCGUUUCUUGAAGUCAGCGUUUCCUAACAAGAAACGUUUAUAUUUGGCCCACGAACGGAAGUUUAUUUAUGACAAACAAAUUUGAAAGCAAUUGUGUGCAGAAAUUCGACGUUUCAAGUAAAUAGGAAAAAGAAUGCAACAGGAAGACGACGUCUUACCUCAAGCAACCGAGCCGCCAUUUUUGUCAGUACUUCACGCAAAGAACGACACAACAAACAGUUUUGGUUAUAAACUUGGCGAGUCAACAGAAAACAGCAAAGCUCUACUUUAAUUUCUUCUCCGGUAAGGAGAAAAUUCAAGCUUCCAUUUGGUUCCAUUUAAGCCAUUAUGCUGUUGUUUGCGAAGUGAUAAACUUGUGAAUUGCCGCGUUUGAAAUUUGUGCACAGAUCUAUUUUUAAACUUUUUCGUUAUUUGAUCCGUCAAUCAAAUCAUACUUCGUUUUUAAUGGUUUCCUCUAUGAUUUUGUCGAGAUCACUUCGUGCUUAUAUAGUAAAACAAUUAUUCUUUUCAAUCUCGGUGAAUAGUAGCUUUAGAAGAUUUAGCAAUAUUUACCUCGGUGAAUAAACCAGCCACUAUUCACCUCGAUUUCAAAGAAUAAUUGUUAAAUAUAUGAUACAUGGAAAAAAGGUAAAAAAUAAAUGUCAUAAAAACAUCAAAAAUUUAUAAUUUUUUGGUAUCCACUUAUUACUUGCUGAUUUCUUUUUUAGACUUUUUUGAUAAUCAAAAUUUGCGGAAAUCGAUCUAAAAAUCAACUAAUUUGUGAAAACGCCGUUGCGUAGAAGAAGGGAGCUCCGGGUUAUGGGCCCUCAUGGCCCGAGGUGGGGGGGGGGGGAGUACUUGGAUUAAUUUUUGCUGCUGGAUGUGUGCCGCUGGCCUCUCAGAGCCCCUACCCCUUUAUAGUCUAUUCUGCGCUAAUUAUAGACCCCAUCUUAGUCACUUUUGGGCAAAUAUGUAAUUUUCGCGAUCCCAACUUAGUCACUUCCUAUUUUUAAGAAUUGACCCAUUUUUUAGAUUGAACGAAGAACGCUUUCUUUUUCAUCUACCCUACAAACAUUCUAAUACGUUUGCUAACCGUAAAUAUGAAAAACUUUCUUACCCCAAAAAAUGCGGAAAAGUGCGACCCCUUUAUAGUCAAUCCAGUCGCGAAAAUGUGACCUCAUCCAGCAGCACAUCCCCAUUAGCCUCUUAUAAGGAAGUACCCCCCGGGCCUCAUGGUCACACCAAAUCAGUUUGAGAGAGAGAAAAAUGGGGCAAAAGCCAGAUAUCAAUAAGGAGCCAUUCCUUAAUUCUAUUCACACAAGUCAAGUCAUUUUCACUCUGUACAAUGGCCUUCAACGCUUACCUGUGAAAAAAUUGGAAUAUUUUAUACAUUAGUUUUAGACGUUGAGAAAAAGUCGCUCCAUAUAGUCAGAAUUCUCAUGCGAACCACCCUAACCUAAGGAGGGAGUCUGGUUCAAAUUUGGAGCAAAUGAUUUGGGAAGGAAAUUUAUGAGGGUAGAAUAGGUAUACACAUAAACCAGUUAGUCCGGUAAUGGGAUCAGAGGCAACUUAAUGUGGUGGUGGUGGUGGAAUAUCUGGAAAUUGUCCACCAAUUAUUCACUUCAUAUUUUAAUUUUUAACAACCCCCAAUACUUUAAAUUCAAUAUCUUCCCAUUUUUCCAAAAUUUUAAACAUCUGCCUCCCCCCCGCCUAAUUUGUCGAAAAAUCACCCAAAAAUUCUCAAAUAAUUAUUCAAAUUAAGAACUGUAACUUAAUCGAGUCAGUUUUUGAUUGAAUGAAAUCUUGGCUAGAUAUUUUAGAAAAAGAGUGGAAAUAAACGAAAAACAAUGCUUUUAACCAGCCUGCCUCCAAAAAAUUCAUGGAUUGACCCAAAUUAGAAAUGUCACCUCUUGUUAAUUGAUCCAAACGUCGAUCAUUUAACAAUUUAAUGACUUCAUUGAAGAGAUUAUUAGGUUCGCCGGGUAGAUGAAGAGUACGACUGGGCUUCUGUACUUACCUUUUUAUUAUUACUGACUUAUUACCAUUAUUACUUACUGUUGCAGUUUGUAGAAGCGCUGACAACAGGCAAGAAAAGUUUGUCUCUUGAUGAACCUCUUACUGAUGAAGAUUGCCAGUUUCUUCGAAGCAUUUUUGUGCCCGCCAUUAAGGAUCGGUCAACUUUCUCUCUCCCAAAAAAUUUUGACGAAGAAAAGAUUCAAGGAUACGCAAUUGUUUUGAAGAUUAUUUCUGGUAAGAUCCUGCCUGUUUGCUCUAUAGAAUACAUUUUCAGUGUUGUUUUUUUUUCUCUAUAGAUAUUUUCCUUUCAAUAUUUACCAUUUUGCUAUUCUGGUAAAAUCAGUAAUAUAAUAGUUAUUAAAUGAGGCUAAGUAUGACAUGAAUGAUAUUGAAGAAUAAAUGCAGAUUGAGAUCGGUGUUAUCCAACCCCGGACCUAUGGCCGAGGUGGAUAACAACCUCCGAGAUCUGCAUGAUUCAUCAUAUCAUACGAAAGCCGAAUUUGAUUUUUUUUUUUUUUUCAAAAUAUUUUCUAAGUUCUUUAACAUCCUUACCUCCCCACAGACAAUGUUUACUAGACGAUUCUGUUUAUAAAUACUACGAGAAUUAUGAUUUGCCGUUCUUGAUCAUACAAAGGGCCAUCUCGUAAAGAAUGUACUAACAUAAGUUUAAGCAUAAGAAACUGGUGAUCACCAGACUGAGGACCAUAAGUAUGAACAAAAAUAUGGACAUUAUUGCCUUAAAAAAUCUUCAUUCCUCACACACAUCAUAGUUAGUCAAGGAGACUGGUUAUGAAAGCCGGCAAACAUCAAAGGUAAAAACAACGGUUCUGUAGUUUAUGUCCGAAGCUUCCUGACCGUGCACAAUCCUGUGGCGCAGUGGAGAGAGCACUCGCGUUCCACCAAUGUGGCCUAGGUUCAAUUCCCGGCGUUGAAGUCAUGUGUGGGUUGAGUUUGUUGUUGGUUCUCUCCCUUUCUCCGAAAGGCUUUUCUCUGGGUGAUCCGGUUUUCCCCUCUCCGUAACAACCAACCCUUCCAAAUUCAAAAUUAGAUUUGAAAGGCACGGACAUUUUUCAACCAGUUCUUUUGAACUCCUAAGCGCUCCGUGGGUAAACAAACUACAAGCAUUUUAUUUUCACAGCAAAUUAAGACUAAAUAAAUUAAUGCGAUGUUUUUAUUGGUCACUAAGUUCAAAACGAUAAGAAUGCUACUGGACGUUGUGCACGCCGGUCAUGUCCAAAAAAGUAAACAAAAAGUGAUGUCACAGCGGGUUUUAUAACCAUUUCACUUGACUAAAUGUGCGCAUACGUACAGGGUCAGUUUGUCGUUAGAUUAAUUGUUAGCUUAAACUGAACUGAUUUUGUUAAAAUGAAAUAUAUGUUCCAUCUUGAUUCCAUACUCUAGACUUGUCCGAGGAAAGCUGGGAUGAAAUAGAGAAAGCUUGGGCUGAGGAGGAAGAGCAUUUGGAAGACAACAAAUGA